AUGGUCCUAGACAGUAUCAACACAGCCACCAACCCUCUCAAGAUGAGUCUAAUGGAUGUCUCCAAGAUCUUCUCUCUGCUUCAGCCCAAGGAAGAGGAUGAGGAGGACAAUGAGCAUGGCCAGGCUCUGAACCAGGCCGUGAGCAGUGAUGACGUGGAGGUGUUAGCUGAGCUGUUGUCCCAGGAGAGCUACAGCAAGUCUAUCAACAGCAGAAGCGGCUGGGGGAUCCCUGUCACCCCCCUACGGACCGCUGCAGCACACGGACACCUGAGGUGUCUGGAAGUCCUGCUGGAGCACGGAGCGGAGGUGGACAGUCUAGAUGUGAAGGCCCAGACCCCUCUGUUUACAGCGGUCAGUGGUAAACACCUGGACUGUGUUGUGGUCUUACUGAAGGCUGGAGCCGACCCCAACGGCAGCCCGUACAACAACUGUUCCCCGGUGCUGACCGCCGCCCGCGAGGGAGACGUGGAGGUCCUCAGGGAGCUGCUUCAGUCCGGAGCCGAGGUCGACGUCUGGCCCAAAGUCCCUGAGUGGGCCUCCAACGCCACAGCCUGCAGGGGACCCCUGUACAUAUCCGCUGUAUAUGGACACCUGGACUGUUUCAAGCUGCUGCUGCUCCACGGGGCUAAUCCUAACUAUAACUGUAAGUCAGAGAAGAUGCUGGCCAGGAUCAAGCAGCCCAAGACGGUGCUGGAGAUGUGUCUCAGGUAUGGCUGUGGAGUGGAAUACAUACAGCUGCUCAUAGACUUUGGGGCAGACGUGUAUCUGCCCACGCUGAUUAUUGACAAGACCACCAAGCAGAACGAAGUGGUGAUUCUGCUGCUCAAGGAGAGAGUUUGUCCCAAUACUCUGAUGUCACAGACACGGCUCGCGAUACGGAGACACCUCCCCGUGGUUAAUAAAAUGACAUCCAUAGACCGCUUGGACAUUCCCCAGAUACUGAGGAACUACCUGAAACAUCUCCCCUGA